AUGUCAAUUGAUUCUUAUUCUCUUACAUAUUUAUUAGUUAUUAUUUUAUCAUUAACAUUUCAAUCAUUAUCAUCAAUUCCAUUAAAAAUACAACAAUCUGGAGAAAGUUUUAUUCAAAAUCAUGAAGAAUUUAUUCCUACAAAUGAAUGGCAAAUUGUAAAAGAAGGUCAAGCUAUACCACCUGGUCUUCAUGUUCGAUUAAAUUUACAAACUGGUCUUCGAGAAGCAAAACUACUUGAAGAUACUAAAGAAAAAAUUAUAUCAAAUGAUAUUAUUUCAAUUUCAUCAAAUAAUAAUGAACAAGAACAAAUUAGUAAAAAAAAUCUUGAACGAGCAUUUGCUAAUCUUGAUUUAAGCAAAGAUGAUAUUAAAACAGAUAAAAAACAUGAAGAAGAAAUUAAAAAAAAAUUUCGUCCAUAUGAUGAAUUAAAAAAAGAUUUUCAAUCUAUGAAUAUAAAAAUUCAAACUGAUCAUGAAAUUUUAACAAAUCUUAUUAAUGAAUUAACUAAAACUAAUAAUGAACAUAAUCUUAAAACAAUUUUAACUGAUCUUGAAUUUUAUCUUCAUCAGUAUGAUAAUGCAAUAGUUUUUUCUGAUAUGAAUGGUCUUGAAUUACUUAUUCAAUUACUUAAUACAACAAAUACAUAUAAUGAUGAUAUUCGUUCUUUAACAAGUCUUGCAUUAGGUGCAGCUUUUCAAGGAAAUCCAAAAGUUCAAUUAAAAGGAUUAAAUCUUGGUUUUGUUCGAUAUUUAUUACAUUUAUUAAAUAUUGAAACAAAUAAUAAUAUUAAAUAUCGUCUUCUAUUUACAUUAUCAACAUUAUUAAGAAAUUUUCCACAAGCACAAAUAAAUUUUCUUGAAUAUGGUGGAAUUGAAACAAUAAUUAAUAUUUUCGAACAAAAUAAUUCAAAUAAUAAAAUAAAACUUAGAGCUAUUCUACUUAUGAAUGAUCUUAUUAUAGAAAAAGAUCAAGCUAUGAAUGACAAACAACAUAUCUAUGAAAAUAUUCAUAUUCGUGAUGAAUUAGUUAAAUAUAAUUGGUGUUCAUAUAUAUCUCAUUAUUUAAUAUCAAUUGAUCUUAAUGAUUUUGACCAAAUUGAUAAAUUACUCAUAGCAAUGAUAUCAUUAACAGAUGUAUGUCGAAAUGACUUUGUUUCAUUAGUACCCAUUCUUGACAAACUUAAUGAUAUUUACACAACAACAAAUCCUAAUGAAUAUUCAACAUAUAUGAAUAUUUUAACUAAUAUACAAAAAUUUCGUAAAAAUUUAUUACAAAUAUCAUCUGAUUUAUAA